UUCAAUCCGUUACUCCUUAUAUGACAAAAAUCAUAAUUACUUAGAUUACUCGAAUAGAAGCGCAGGAUAUCAUACUGGUCCAUAUAUAAAUCCUACUUCUCAUAGCGCUCAGACUCAUCCCCAUCAAGAUGAUUCCUUCCUAUUAUCUUCUCAAGCAGAUUAUGGCAGUAACGGUAAGAGUCAUAGUCUCGUUAGUUAUGGCACUAUGGGCGCAAAUACCCCAACACAAUCGCAUCGUGGGUUUUUCACUGAAAGUUUGAUUAACGACGGCAAUAAUGCUUCAAAAACAGAGCCCUUGCAUAAUACGAUAUAUGUGCCUAAGCCUACACUUUCUGGUAAUGCCGUUUUUUCUUCACCUACACUUUCUGAAGCAGAAAAAACUUCAACUGCAAAUUCGUACCAUCCAUUACCAUCCUCGCGUGGCUCUCAUUCUACUAUGACUGCGAGCACUACUGGAGGAGGUGAUGGAGAAGGAGGUUACAGUACCAAUUACACUGCAGCGAGCAAUUAUAAUCAGAUUGCAUCAUCAGAGUCAGCAUUCCACUUCUCAGUAUACCAAUGAUAAUACAUCUGGUCCUAAUACUGGCAGUAUCAUAUCUACCUUACAAUCUUAUCACCGAAACUCCAUAUCACAUGAUACGAGCGAAGAUAAUGUUACUGCUUCUGUCA